UCAAUAAAAACUGAAUAUGAAAUUGAUCGACAACAGACUGCGACAGGAUCGAGCACAGAACAGUUCAGAAUUUGUGGAAAUUAUUUUGUGAUUUACUUUAAUUGCUUACGCAUAAGUAACAUAUGGGCAUACCAACACAGCAACAUCAAUAGUGAAUACUCGUACAAGUAGAUCGUUAAAUAGUACUCCACAAGAACACUAAUGGUUUAUAUUUUGGUCACUGAGCGCACGCCUUUGUUGCUCAAAAAUGGCUUUGUGCGCUUGAAGGGAAAUAUACAACUGCGCCGAAAAAAAGAUUCGAACGCCUUCGGAGUGCGUCAUGUUCAAGCACUGCUCAUGUUCCUCGGCAUGAUGUUCGGCUAUUUCCUGCGCGUCAACAUAUCCGCCGCCAUUGUGCCAAUGACAAAACCCGAUGCCGAUGGGACGUACUUCAACUGGGAUACCGCCACAAAAUCGCUAAUACUAAGUAGCUUCUUUUGGGGCUACGUGCUAGCACAGAUUCCGGCAGGUUUGCUAGCCAAACGUUUUGGCGGUAAAAUUGUGUUGGGUGUUGCCACAUUGCUGGCUUCUGUGAUAACAAUGCUACAUCCGUGGGCCGCAUCCGGCGGUAGUUGGCAAAUCGUUUGUACACUGCGUGUGCUAAUUGGUUUGACGCAGGGCGUCCUUUAUCCUGCAGUACACACUUUGUUAGCCAAGUGGGUGCCGCGCACGGAACGCAGCUUCAUGGCUACAACGGUGUAUUCGGGCGCACAGCUGGGCACGGUUAUUAUAUUGGGUAGUAGCGGUGCUAUUUUCGACUCGAGCAUGGGCUGGCCGGGAAUUUUUUAUAUUUCUGGCGCUAUAGCAUUGGCUUGGUCGCUUUUGUUCUUAUAUUUCGGUGCGGAUGAUCCACAAAAAUCAAAGGUGAUUUCAUCACAGGAGCGUGAAUACAUUGAGAAGCUUACUGGCAGCGGCGGUACGGAGGUCGAGUCUAUGCCCGUACCGUGGAAGUCAUUCUUCACAUCAGCACCAUUCUAUGGUCUUAUCGCCGCUCAAUCCGGCUUCACAUGGGGCUUUUACACACUACUCACCCAAAUUCCCACCUACAUGGACUCGGUACUUAAGCUCAAUGUGACCUCGAAUGCAUUACUCUCCGCUUUACCAUACUUCGUAAUGUGGCUGCUAUGCUUGAUUUUCAGUCCCAUUUCUGAUAUGCUUAUUAAUCGCAAUGUUUUGAGUACAACAACAGCGCGUAAGCUAUUCAAUACCAUUGGCCAAUGGAUACCUAUGGCAUGCCUAAUUGCCAUGAGCUACAUGACGAGCGCAGAACGUAUAGAGGCUAUAACAUUGCUAACCGUUGGAGUAGGUUUCAAUGCAUCCGCUUUUUGUGGAUAUUUAGUGAAUCAUAUGGAUCUUUCACCGAAUUUCGCCGGCCCAAUGAUGUCCAUUACAAAUGGUGUGGCGAAUUUGUUGUCCGUAUUUGCACCGCUGGUUGUGGGCGCCAUCGUUGUAAAUGAGAAGGAACCCAGCGAGUGGCGCAUUGUCUUCUUCAUUACCGCCGGUGUUUAUUUGGUCUGUAACGCACUAUUUAUUAUAUUUGGACAAGCUACCGUACAACCAUGGAAUGAGCCAAAUAUUAAGAGCAAUAUUGCAACAUCAGAAACAACAACAAUUGAUUCUUCAACACUUGGCCACACAGAUCUAAAUACUACAGAGGCUGCCGCCCCAAGUAAAUUCGAGUAGAUGUUUAUAAAACGUCGCUAAUAAGAACUGAUAGCAUUUAAGUAAUAAAAAUAACAAAAAUUAUGAAUUAAUAUUUAGGAUAUAGCGGUUAUGAAUAAAAAAUACGAAUUUAAAAAUUAGCCACAAGUU